UGCACUUCCGCCAGUCAGCCACAAGUACCUGGCACGUGGCAGGGCUGGGCGCCCAGCCGCCUGCGGGAACGGGAAGAUGAGCCUUCCCUCGGGGCCCCGCUCCCUGCGGCUCCACCGGGCCUCGCCCCCCGCGGGCCCACCGGUGGGGGACCUCCAGAGCACCUGUGAGCUUUCAGUGGUACAGGAGUGAUGAUGAAGCACAUGGAUCCAUUCAAGGGUUAAAGUCUGCAACUUUGCGUUUAACUGCCUGCUUCACAGAGCCACCUCAGGGUUAACCAAACAUCCUUGCCAAGGGGCCUUGAGGUUUAUGGGAGAAAGAGGAAGUCACAGGUUCUGGGUUUAUUUUUCUCCUGGCUGUAUUGUUUGGCUGCUGUCAGAAUGCAUCCACUCUGUCUCCCUUCUCCACUCCAGCCGGCAAAGCUGUCCCCUGGUAUCUCCCGUCGUGGAGCUUAACGUAGGAGGCGAGUUGUACACCACCACCGUGAGCACCCUGAGAAAAGUCCCGGGCUCAAAGCUGGCAGAGAUGUUCUCCAGCUCCACUAAGGCCUGCCUGGAUGCAGAAGGCCGCUUCUUCAUCGAUCGCCCCGGCACCUAUUUCGGACCCGUCCUGGACUACCUGCGCAGCGAGCAGCUGCCCACACAGCACAUCCCGGAGGUGUACCGUGAGGCGCAGUUUUACGAAAUCAAGCCUUUGGUCAAGCUCUUGGAGGACACGCCGCAGAUCUUUGGUGAGCAGGUGGCUCGGAAGCAGUUCCUGCUGCGGGUGCCCGCCUACAGCGAGAACCUGGAGCUCAUGGUGCGCUUGGCACGCGCCGAGGCCGUGGCGGCACGCAGCUCCACAGUGCUGGUGUGCAUGGUGCGCACUGAAGAAGACGCAGCCCAGUGCGCAGAGGCCCUGCGCGUCUUCGAGUUUGAAAAGAAGUCGGUUGUCAAGUUUGGACCUUGGAAGGCAGCCCCGCAGGUCAAGGACCUCCUGGACUGCGUGAAGAUGGACAUUGCAGCCCAGGGGUACCAGGUAUACUAUGAACACUACUCCGAGAGAACAUUACGGGCCAAGUAUUUCAAUUACUUUUAUACAUUCCUCUUCAUCUGGUGGUGAUCCCCAGGGGCCAGGGGCAGAGGCAGUGUGUUAUGGGUUCUGGCGGGACUUAGGAAAUUGAAAGUUGCCUUCAAAAGCCAUCUUCCAGGGGAGCCUUGGUGGCACGGUCGCUAAGCAUCGGACUUGAGCUCAGGUCAUGAUCUCACAGUCCAUGAGUUUCAAGCCCCCCUUCGGGCUCUGUGUUGACAGCUCAGAGCCUGGAGCCUGCUUUGGAUUCUGUGUCUCCCUCUCUUUUUGCCCCUCCCCUGCUGGUGCUCUGUCUCUCUCUCUCUCUCUC